AUGAUUCGUUUUAUUUCUGCUUUGAAAAAGAGAAGACUUGAAAGAGAUCUGACAACUGCCACAGAAUGCGAAUCAGCAUCUGGUACACAACAAGCUCCAGUGGGAGCGAAAAGACUUCAACAACACCAUCGUUUCUUGGCCAGAGUCAAGGCAAUUUCGAAACGAGUGCUCCUUAAAGGAUCGAAGGUAUUAAAUGGGAAUGACUUGAGAGCGAUUAACACAACUUCCAGAGCACACAUCGAUGGAGAAAAUCUUGAACUUGUCCAGUCAGGGGGGGAAAGCGGAAGGACGUUCUUCGGAUUUGAGGAUUUACCAAUCGAACUUAGGCUCGCCAUUUUGGAACUGUAUCUCGAACAACCACGCAUUACAACAUUAAACUUCCAAUCAGACGCUAUAUUACAGUACCAUUGCAUCUGUGGAAGAAGAUUCCGUCUUACCUGUGGCUCUCUUCCACCGAUCUUACGUAUCAAUCAUGAAUAUCGGGAGACCUUUCUUGAACGUUUUACCAUUCCAGGAGUACCAAGAUCGCUGACGACUUUGAGCCUUCAGGAUGCACUACAUCAAGCUUACAAUCAAGAGCCUACUGUCUUGUAUGAUUCAUUAAUUGAACCAUCAUCAAGCGUAUUUCCCGUUUUUGCAACUCAUACGCGUAGAAACCUCCUUUACGAUCCUAAAGAUACCGUAUGGAUUCAAGGAGACUUUUGGCUCGAUGAAACCCGUCGAUCAACACUUGCUCGGUCUGUCUUUUAUGGUUUACAACAUCUCGCAAUCCCAUACAAGACUCGCAAACAGACGCUAUUCGAGCUGGAAGACAUGUGGGAUUUUGUCGGGUGCAUUAUCUCAACCUUUCCGGACCUGAAGACCAUCACCAUGGUAUUAGAUGUCGGAGAAGUAAUAGCGGAGAGACCUAUCUACACAGGCGAAAUCAACUUUAGUUCUCCUGCAUCAGUCAAAAUGGUUGUUGACGUUCCCGAUGAAGCUCCUCCUACGUCCCGUCAAACUCUCUCUCGAAUCUGGAGACAGGCGCUUGGCAAAACAGCACCAUCACCAGCAGUGCAAACUGAAAAUGAGCAUUGGACAGCAGAGCGAUUGGCAUACGAUGCGUGGCGUAUACUCAAUCAUAUCAAAGAACGCGCAAUCGUGAUCGGAUAUGACUUUCCUGUUAAUAGCUGGGAGACUCCACGCGAAGUGGCAGACUGGGUAGUACCUGCCGUCAGAGUCGUCACCGCACACUUGAGUACAGCGUCUAACGGUCGAAGAGAACAAGAGCCUACCAUUAAAUUACAAGAGUGGUAG